AUGACGGUGAAGUAUUUCCUGGGGCAGAGCAUGCUCCGGAGCUCCUGGGACCAAGUGUUUGCUGCUUUCUGGCAGCAUUCCCCCAAGCCCUUCAGCAAGCAUGUGCUGUCCAGGGGGCUGCUCACAAAGACCAACAGGAUGCCCCACUGGGCAGAGCGCUUCUUCUGUAAUGUAGCCCCCUCAGUGUACAUCCUCAAAGGCUCUAUCGUGGAUCCCCAAAACCAGACCAUGACCACUUUCACUUGGAACAUCAACCAUGCCCGGCUGAUGGUUGUAGAGGAAAGAUGUGUUUACUGGGUGAACCCUGGAAACAGUGGCUGGACUGAAAUCCGAUGGGAGGCCUGGGUCUCUUCCAGUUUGUUUGGGGUCUCCAGAGCUGUUCAGGAGUUUGGCCUUGCUAGAUUCAAAAGUAACGUGACCAAGAUCAUCAAAGGCUUUGGGUACAUCUUGGCCAAACUGCAAGCUAAGGAAGCAACUGAGAAGGCAAAGGAAACUGCUCAGGAAGUGACUGAGAAGGCCAAGGAUUUGGCCAGCAAGGCAGCCACCAAGAAUCAUCAUCAGCAGCAACAACGCUAUGUUUAA